GAGAGGUAGGGAAGGGAGUCCUAAUGGCGGAGACUGUACGGUCGCCUUUUGACUACCGGGAACCACCGACCCUCGACAGCGACGGGGAUGGGAGCAAACCGCCGCCUCCACGGGGCCGGGUGUGUGGGAGGAAAAGGAAAGGGACACCUGUGAAGGUGUGCGACCGAGCGUACGUAACAGAAGAUGAGGAGGAGGAGAGCAUGUCAGAACACAGCUACAGCCCUGGGGACAGCCAGUAUCCAGAGGGGGCUGAAGACCGCCUCCCCCCACCUGGCAGUCCCUACUACCUGCCUGAUCCCACUCAGCUCUGCGUGCCAGAGCUUGGGGAGGAAGGGGCAAGUGGAGUUAGGGGACCAGUGCUCUUUCAUCCGCCGCCAAACUGCAGGAUUCGAGAAGUCCACUGUGGGACACAAGUGCGACUGGUUGUCAUCGCAAUCAGAGACAUCGCCAAAGGGGAGGAGAUUACAGUGGACUACAGCCUGACGGAUUGGGGCGAGAAUGCUAUGGAAGAAGAGGCUGGCCCCCACCCGCUGUCCCUGUCUGUGUCUGAUUACCUCACCCCCUCCUGGUCACUAUCACCCUCAUCCUCCCCUCUCACACACUCUGAGCCCAGCGACUCUGACCGUGAGGAGGAUGAAGAGGAGGAAGAUGACGAUGAUGACGACGACGAUGAAGAGGAGGAGAUUGAGGAACUAAGGGGUCGUAUGCUUCGGCGCCGCAAGAAGCGCAAGAUGCCCACAGUGGUCAAUUCAAAGAAGAAAAAUACCCCGACACCGUCAAGGGGACCUGGGCGCCCCUGCUCCUCAUUUUCCCGCCCAGCACCUGUUGGACCCCCGUCUAGAUCACAGUCCCAGCCCCCGGUCAGCUCCCUGGCGUCCCCAACCACCAACAUCAACAACAACAUCAGUAUAAACAUCAGCAGCUCCAGCAAUUCAACACUGAGCCGGAGGCAGCACUGCCCGUACUGCGGGCGCCAUUACCGCUCCCUUGCACGCCACCUAGAGAAGCAUCACGCCAACCAGCCAGAGGUCCGAACUGCUAUGGAGCUCGCACACCUGCACAACUCUUCAAACGGCAACUCAUCACACCCUCGCCCAUCGUCAUCCUCCACCUCUGCUACCCACAGUCAUUCCUUUGCGGUCCCGCAGCCCUCGGCCUCCAACCCUGCUCCUCCCUCGCUCUUCUCCAGGGAGAGGGAGUCGCCAGCCACACGCUCAAGCACAGGUGGUGUCUCUUUCUCCCUUUCGCUUUCACCGCCUUCGACUCAGCCCACAGCCUCCAAAAAGGCCCCCAGCUUACCAGUGCCCACGGCAAAACGCCCUCCACUGCCCCAGAUGGUGUCACGGGUAACGAGUCCAUCACCCCCUCCUCAGUCUGCUCCCAAGAGAGGACGGAAGAUGAAGAAGGAGAACCAGGAGGAGCAGCAAAAAGUGGAGGUGGAAAGCUUGAGGAGUCAAGAGGAGCUGGCUCCACCCCCGACUCCUGAGCCAGACGUAGAUCCAGAGGAAGAUCUGGAACUGAGUGGAGAGGGGGAAGAAGAUGCACCGGAGGAGAAGAACGGAGAGAUUGUAAGGCAUCACAUCUCUCCACUUCUCUCCUCCCUCUCUUGUUUGGUUCUCUACCUCCGCCGUCAGCAGCACUCCUCCUUCCUGUCUCUAACCCGCUCCCCUCACUCUGCCGAGGCCUGGCGCCUGCUCUGCCACUCCAGCCUCUCCCUGCUCAUCCUCUACAACCGCCACCGGGAAUGUGAAGUGGCCAAGCUCACCAUCCAGGACUACCGUAACCGUGUCACCCCCCAGCCCUGCUCCAGCAACAGCCCCCCCUCUGGUAUGGAAGCCCUCCUGUCCCCAUUUGAGCGCCAAGUCCUCUACCAUCUCCCGCGGGCUGGUGUUUUAGGCAAACGUGGUCGCAUACAGCCUCUAAUUCUCCCGCCACACUGUGAGUCCUGCCUUGACCUCCUCCUUCAAACCAGCCCCAACGUUGGUGUGGAUCCAGAGAGUCCUUAUGUCUUUUCCCGGCCCUAUCACUCCCCUGCCACACCGCUCCGUGGCACGGACCUUCUCAGAAACCUGGCGCGUAGCAGUGGCGCUAAAAACCCCGGGCCGCUGACAGCAACACGUGUGCGACGGCAGGUAGCAAUACUUACUCAGCUGCUCCUACUAGAGGAGGGUGAGGGUCAGGGUGGAGCUACAAAACGGCUGGAGGACUUCCUGGAACGAGAGUACCGUGUUACCCAGAACUGCUCUUCCAUCAGUCAGGAUCCAGCACUGAUGGGUCGUGUGGGCCGGGUUGUUAUCUACGGGGAGAGGCAGGGUGUGGUUUUCAGAGGGCUGAGUCUGCAGGCCAUCUGCCUUGAGUUGGACGUCAUGUCCGGCCACUCUGCAGACUCCUUUUCAGAAGAUUCAGAGGCAGAGGAGGAAAAGGAAGAAGUGAAAGAGAAAACUGAAGUUACUGUGAAGAAGAAAGGACCAGGGCGACCGCCACGGAAGAAGCGAGCGCCUGUUCCUCCUCCAGUUAGCCCGGUGAUAGCCAACGCUCAAAAGAGGAGAGCUGUUCCUCAAAAAUCAGGAAAGCGCGGCGUGCUGAAGCGCCCCUGGUCAGAGGCCGAGCGUGUAGCAGUGGAGACUCACCUCAAGAGAAACCUCAUGGAGCUGCGUGUCCCAGCGAAGGCGGACUGCGAGCGCUGCCUCGAACUCUGCCCGAUGCUGGCGAGCAACCAGCGAGACUGGAGAGCGAUCAAGUUUUACGUCCACAACCGCAUCCAGCUGCUAAAGAAGCAGGGCAGGAGGGAGAGCGCCGCUGGGAACUGCUAGAGCAUAAAACCAGACGUAGCAGAGGACACGUACCAUAAUGUAUAAACCACCAGCAAUCAUACGGAAGAAGAAAAGUCGGAGUGGAGUCUCUUUUUUUUCAAUGAGAGCUGAAAUAAGCUAAGAAAACAAGCAGGUUGCUCCUGUUAAAGAUCGUUCAUAUUCAGUGUUGAUGCCCAGUGUCUGUUUUCCAGAUGUAUUUUUAAGCGGUUUGACAAGAUGUACCUAAGUGUGAGUAUGAAUUCAUACACAGUGAAUGCUUUUUAAAUUACUUUAUAGCCGUUAUCACAUGCACAGUAUGAGCAGAAGAACUGAGAGGAGCAUGACGAGUUAGAAACAUAGUGAAGCAGUUUUAUUAUGAACAGUAGCAGGAUAAAAAUGCCGUUACCCCCUCCCACUCACUCAUGGGGAUAUUUCCAGCUGCGUUCAUACAUCGCCACCUAAUGCAAUAAACAUUUUGGUGGAUAACAUCUAGAUAAAGUUGGGGUGUGGCUUAAGUAUAAGUAUUUCUGAUACUAUAUCAGUGUUAUCAGCCUCAGAUACAGCCUAAAAAUGCAGUAUCAGAUACUGUGACAUACACCAGCCAGUGCACAUAGAGCAUACUGUAAUUUAUCAUCCUCCCCUAAAAAUUAAAAUGGUUUUAGGUCUUUAUGCAAAAGAAAGAGUUGACAGCAGAAAGCAUUUAGAAAUACAGGAGAGAUAUGGGAUUUUUGGAGCUAAACAGGUCCAGGAAGUUGCAGUAAAUGUUUUAAACCACCAGGACACUAACCAAUCGUCUUUGGUUUCCUUCGUUCUCUCCCACUGAAAGCUAACGACCAAACAUGAAUGUGUAAAGCUUUGGAGGAAGAAACAGACAUUUCUUAUCCUUACAAGUAGACUCUAAGUCUACAGGGAUGAGACUUGGAUAGUCUGUUUGAUUUAGUCCGACAAUGUGCUCCAAAACUGACGAGUGUGUGAAGAAGUAUCCUCGGGUCUUGGACCAUGAUGCACCUGUGAAGCGGUUCUUUCAUAACCAUUGUACCAUGAUCAUUGUCAGACUAUUAUGUAUCAAGGCACGCUUCUACUUGAAUUUAUUGCGUAUCAGAAUUUAAAAAGACAAAAAAAUAUGACAUAUGGUCUUAUUCACAGUGUAAAUAUUUCCUAAUCUAUGAAAGUAUACAGUAGUGAUGACAAAGUUAGUAUUGUGUUAUUGUGUACAUACUGUAAAUACUACCUGUACUUAUUAAAGUGUAUGACAUUUUGCUGUGUUUUUCUUAAAAUGGAUUGUAUAUGAAGUUUUACAUCGUGGACACAGUGAGACAAAGAAAUAAACACAAGAUCCCA